UAAACAAUUUAGAGAGAGCUGUAAAGCACCGUGAAGCGGUAUAUAAGUCUAAGUGGUAUUGCUAGUCUUGUAGAUUAGGUAAAAGUAGUGGGGUUUGUGCUCAAUUGGUAUUCUGUCAGUGUUGGCGGAAGUAAUCUUGGACGUUCUUUGGUUGGUCCUUUUAUUGUUAGCUUAUUUGGCAAUUCCUUGAUUGGGGUAUUGUUUACUUCUUGAUUGUUAGUCUGAUGUUGAUAUUAAUCUAUGCUUAUCAGGUAGUUGAUUGCUGGUGGAGAGAUAUUUUGAUCUUUUUGUUCCCUUUGUGGCUUGUUGAUUGUCUCUUUUGCACAAUAUGUAGAUGUUAUUUAUAUCUAUGUGUCUAUUGGUGGCCAAUUUGUCAGCAUUUGUCUAGUGUUUUUGGACUUGGCUUGGUCUAGGAUGCUCCACAGUUUCCCAGUUGAAACCAUGGUUAAAUCUGUCUAUAUGUUGUGAAAUUAAAGAGUUUUCAUCAUGUCUCUAACUUCUAGUUGGUAUUCAUGGAUAUGUGCUGCUAAUCUUCUGCCUGUUGUCCUAUGUAGUGGCUAUUGCAGUCUUCACAUUGUAUGAUGUAGAUGACUCCUGUUUUUAUUUCUGGGGCUGCUUAGUCUUUUGGUUUACCUAGGAUGUUUUGGGAGGGCUUUAGUUGAUUUGUGUGCUUUGCUGAUUCCAUAGUUCUUGUAAUAGUCUGUUGGUGGUUUCUGAGAUGUUUUUGUUGUAUGGCAAUGUUAUCCUUUUUGUGGCUUAUGUUGAUUGUGCUAUAUUGGGUUCAGUGGUCAGGCACUUUCUGAUGCAUAACAAGUGAACACUAAACAGUCCAAUCAAAGAAUCUCCAAGACCACUUCCACCAAGCCACUAGAAUAUAAUUUGAGAGCAAACUCCAAUUCUUACUAACACUGAUGAUGCAACCUAGUUUGGUUAUUUUCCUGCAGCCCAUUUCAUUACCCAAUCUCAGAGAGCACUAAGGAUUCCUCAUUUCAACUUUGAGCUACAAAGAUGCUCUCCUUUUUUUGAGUCUUCAUCACAGUAGCCUGGAUCUUUUUGUGUCCUCCAGAUAUCCAAGCUUUGAAAUGGGAGACCUGCGGAGGUGCCUGGACAGCGGGGAAUAUGGCACUCUGAAAGAUUGUCAUCUGUAUGAAAGCAAUUUUUUACAGGUAACCAAGGCAGGAGAUAUUGCCAGCAGAGUCACCAUGGGCAUUGCUGCCAGCAGCUCAUUCCUAGAGAUGCCUGAUCUUAUGCUGCUGGCACGACCAGUUCCCUGCCUAACAGAACGGUGUGAAUGUCAGUGCCCUGAAGCACUGCCUUUCCCGGAUGAGGAGCUGCAGCUGUUUGCGCUUCUGCCCUUGAAAUUCGUCCGUCUCUAUGUCCAUGAUGAGUCACGGUUCCAGCUCAAGGUCCGCCUGGCCAAUGGCCGCACCUUUUAUCUGCAACUUCUAACACACCCCCUCAAGCAGGAUAAGGUCUUUGGGCACUGGAUACGGCUGUUAUACCGCUUGCGCUUUUACCACAGUGAUGCUCCCCUUACUUAUGAAAAGGAGAAUGUACUGCAUCACCAUAGAAAUACCUUUAUUUAGGAGGAGGAAAAGGAAAUUUCUCCUGGUGAAAAAGGAGACGACGCUCAGGGGAACCAAGGAUUUCUUUAUCUCUCUCUCUCUCUCUCUCACACACACACACACACACACACACACACACAGAGGGAGGGAGACACACACACACACACACACACAUACCCAGACACAUACACACACACACACAUUAAUACAAAGUAACGUUCUCUUUCCAGCGCCGACUCACCAGUGUUGGAUACCAUCCUCCCCAUAUGGAGCUACUGCAAAUUCCCCCACCCACUUACCCCAUCAAUAAAUGAGUGAACAAAACUGCUUU